AUGAUGAGACUCAACGAAACAGAUAAACAAAAAACAAUCAAUCUCUCAGAAGAUGCAUCACCGCACGUUUUCGGAUAUUACUAUCGGACUGUUGCUAAGUACGGUAAGAAUUCUUUCAUGUGGUUCGGUCUGUGGCCGAGAUUAAACGUUGCGGAUCCGGAGCUAAUAAAGGAGAUUCUAAGUAGACCGGAUGCUUUUCAACAGCCACUUCCGGAAACAGGCAAGAUUCUUACGGGCGGGAUCGUGAAACUGAAAGCAAUGAACAAUGAACUCCAAUUGUUGCUAAAGGGUAUAGUCGACAAAAGACAAAAAGCCAUGGAAAGGGGUGAAGCCAUGCCUAAUGACUUGUUAGGCGCUCUUAUGGAAUCGAAUUCAAGGUUCAUUAAUGAAGACAAUGACGGAAACCAGAAUGUUGUCGGGAUGAGUAUCGAUGACGUCAUCGACGAGUGCAAAUUUUUCUACUUUGCGGGUUCAAAAACGAACGAAAAAUUACGCCAUCUUCUCCUCUACCAUUUCCGGCGAUAUAGUGACUAG